AUGCCUUUAAGAAACCUGACAGAGACGCACAACUUUAGUAGUACAAACCUGGGUACGGAUGGCCCAGACGGCGAUGGUGAUCGCUCUUCUCUUUCUCCAUCUCCAUCUUUUGGACAAGAGAACGAGAACAAUAGCAACAAUAAUGCUGAUCUUUCAAACCCUUUUAUGGGGAGUGACGAAGAAUCCAAUGAACGUGAUGGAGAGUCUCUUUCUUCUUCUGUUCAUUAUCAGCCACGGGGAAGUGACUCUUCUCUACUUCAUGACAAUUCUCGUUUGGACAUAAGUCAAAAUAAUGGUAUAUCUGAUUACAAAGGUUACUAUUCAAAAAACAACAGUAGAGUGGUGAGUACAGCUAACGAUAACUCAUUUCUUCAACCACCACAUAGAGCCAUAGCCUCAUCUCCUUCCUUGACCUCUAAUUUAUCGAAGAAUGACAUUCUCUCUCCUCCGGAAUUUGAUAGAUAUCCUUUGGUGGGUUCCCGAGUCACUUCUAUGACUCAACUAAACCAUCACGGUCGCUCACCAUCAUCAUCUCCUGGAAAUGAAUCGUCUGCAUCAUUUUCUUCUAACCCAUUUUUGGGAGAACAGGAUUUUUCUCCAUUUGGUGGGUAUCCUGCCUCAUCUUUCCCACUUAUGAUAGAUGAAAAGGAAGAUGAUGAUUACCUGCACAAUCCUGACCCUGAGGAAGAAGCAAGACUGGAUAGAAGGAGAUUUAUAGAUGACUUCAAGUAUAUGGACAAAAGGUCUGCUAGUGGGUUGGCUGGUGUGUUGUUUUUGUUCAUGGCAGGCAUCUUUAUUUUUAUCGUUUUACCAGCGUUAACCUUUACGGGUGCUAUUAAUCACAAAAGUGCUACUGAAGAAGUUACGUAUUUAACUCAAUACCAAUACCCUCGACUAUCCGCCAUUAGAACAUCUCUGGUGGAUCCAGACACGCCUGAUACUGCAAAGACAAGAGAAGCUAUGGAUGGCUCUAAAUGGCAAUUGGUAUUUUCUGAUGAGUUCAAUGCAGAAGGGAGGACAUUUUAUGAAGGUGACGAUCAAUAUUGGACGGCUCCUGAUGUUCACUAUGAUGCUACUAAGGAUUUAGAAUGGUAUAGCCCAGAUGCUUCCAUUACUGCAAAUGGUACCUUGAGAUUAAGAAUGGAUGCUUUCAAAAAUCACGGUUUAUAUUACAGAUCAGGUAUGCUGCAAAGUUGGAAUAAACUUUGUUUCACACAGGGUGCCUUGGAAAUUUCUGCCAACUUACCCAAUUAUGGCCGUGUUUCAGGGUUAUGGCCCGGUCUUUGGACAAUGGGUAAUUUAGGGAGACCCGGUUAUUUAGCCAGUACUCAAGGUGUGUGGCCAUAUUCGUAUGAAUCAUGUGAUGCUGGUAUAACGCCCAAUCAAAGUUCCCCGGAUGGUAUUUCUUACUUACCGGGUCAAAAGCUAAGUGUUUGUACUUGUGAUGGUGAAGAUCAUCCAAAUCAGGGUGUUGGUAGAGGAGCUCCUGAAAUCGAUGUUCUGGAAGGUGAAACUGACACCAAACUUGGUGUAGGUGUUGCCUCUCAAUCUUUACAAAUUGCACCUUUUGAUAUCUGGUACAUGCCUGAUUAUGAUUUUAUCGAAAUCUACAAUUUCACAACGACGACAAUGAACUCAUAUGCUGGCGGUCCAUUUCAACAAGCCGUGUCUGCUGUUUCCACUUUGAAUGCAACCUGGUGUGAGUUUGGUGAAGACAGUGGUUAUUAUCAAAAAUACGCUAUAGAGUAUUUGAAUGAUAACGACGACGGCUAUAUUCGUUGGUUUGUUGGUGAUACUCCAACCUACACAAUUCAUGCCAAGGCCUUACAUCCUAAUGGUAAUAUUGAUUGGAGAAGAAUUAGCAAAGAACCAAUGUCGAUUAUUCUAAACUUAGGUAUCUCCAAUAAUUGGGCCUAUAUUGAUUGGCAAUAUAUUUUCUUCCCAGUGGUCAUGUCGAUUGACUAUGUGAGACUAUAUCAACCAAGUAACGCUGUAUCCGUGACAUGCGAUCCAAGCGAUUAUCCAACAUAUGACUAUAUUCAAUCGCAUUUAAAUGCAUUCAUGAAUGCAAAUUUAACUACCUGGGAAGAUGCUGGUUACACGUUCCCUAAAAAUAUUCUAACUGGUAAAUGUACUAGCUCUAAAUUCAAAUUGGCCUCUUAA